AUGUCUUUCGCUAAAUUCUUCGUUGCUGCCGCUGCUAUUGCCUCCACUGCCUUCGCUGUCUCUGAAUCUGAUGCCGCUGAAAUCAACGUUGUUGUUCAAGACAUCAAUGAUCACUUAACUGACUAUGCUGGUUUGGUUGGUAACCCAGAUAUCACCAUUCCAGACUCCGUCAUGAAGGUUUACGCUGCUUACGCUUCUGGUAACAAGGACUACACCACCAUGUACGACCAAUUGGACAUGAACCAAGUUAACUCUUUGAUCUCUGCUUUACCAUGGUACUCUUCCAGAUUGGAACCACAAUUGGCUACCAUCAACGGUGGUAAGGCUGCCGAAGCUUCUUCUAAGGCCCCAGAAACCACUUCUACCAAGGCCCCAGAAACCUCUUCCAAGGCUCCAGAAACCACCAAGACUGAAUCCAAGACUGAAUCUUCCAAGGCUCCAGAAACUACCAAGACUGAAUCCAAGACUGAAUCUUCCAAGGCUCCAGAAACUACCAAGACUGAAUCCAAGACUGAAUCUAAGGCCUCCACUACCAAGGCUGAAACUACUUCCAAGGCUACCACUCAAGCUACUUCCGCCAAGUCUUCUGUUGAUGCUGUCUCUCAAAUUACUGACGGUCAAAUCCAAGCUACCAUCUCUCAACAAACCAGUAACGGUGCUGGUAAGGUCGCUGCCGGUAUGGGUGCUGGUGUCUUAGCUGUCGCUGCUAUGUUGAUCUAA